AUGUCUCUAGUCACACAAGAGAUAAGGGCUAGUGCAUCAGAAAUUUACAAUGAGAAAGAGUUGUGCCAAGUGAAAGCAAAAGUGUUUCUUAAAGAAGUUGGGCUGCCAGAUUGCCUACUUCCAUUGGAAGACAUCGAGGAAUGCGGAUUCGUGAAAGAAACUGGCUUUAUUUGGCUUAAACGGAAGCAAAAGAUUGUGCGAAAGUUUGAAAAGAUUGACAAGCUUGCCCAAUAUGCAGCUGAAAUCACAGCCUAUGCUGAACCAAAGAAGUUAAAGUCCGUGACUGGACUGAAGGCCAAGGAGCUCUUCUUGUGGGUUACUGUGAGUGAUGUUGAAGUUGAAGAUGCUCCAACUGGAAAGAUCACUUUCAAGUCUCCUCUAGGGCUGACAAGAACUUUCCCGCGGUCGGCUUUUGAGGUGGCGGAAGCUGAAGAGGUUAAGUCAACAAAGAAUGAUAGAACUGACAAUGAAGUGAAAUCAAGGGUUUAA